UUAAGAUUUUCUAUAAGCUGCUGCUUCAACUUAACUUUCAUGGUUUAGUUAUUGAAUUUUUUUUUUUUUUAAUUUUUAAUUUUUAAAUUACAGAUUCUUUACACGGUUUCUUAAAUAUAUGGAAUAAAUUAGACCCAGAUGUUGGCUUGAUAUGUUUAACAAGGAGUAGAAAAUGAACAAAAGAUAUCUAUGAACAAAUUUGGAUUUAGUGGAUGUACACGUUUACAUUUUGCUUUAACUGAAAGCUCUCAGUCUUCCGGUGUCUAGAAUGCAAGGCUGGCCGGGCGGCCGGCCGCGUUUUCUUUGUAUGGUUGUUCUUCAUUGAAAGCCAUCACUAAUUCUACCUUGUCUAUAAAUAACCAAGUCCAUCCAACGAUUGCUUCACAUCUCUCUCAAUCCUUUCCAUUUUCCAUAUUUGCAAGAACUGGAAUUACAGUCUCGUACAAGAAGCUGAAAAAUUAAGAUGGCAAACCAAAUCUUGCUGUUAACUACCUUCCUGGCCAUGACAUGUUCUCUGGUCAUUGCUUUUGAGCCUAGUCCAUUGCAGGAUUUCUGUGUUGCUGAUGCUACUAGCUCAGUAACGAGAGUUAAUGGGUUACCUUGCUUGGACUCCAAGCUAGCAACAGCUGAGCAUUUCUUCUUCAGCGGACUCCACAUCCCAGGCAACACCUCAAACCCUGUUGGUGGAAAAGUCACUCCUGUCAAGGUGGCUCAGAUUCCAGGACUCAACACCCUCGGCAUCUCACUCGCUCGCAUUGACUACGCACCAAUGGGUGUUAUCCCUCCCCACACCCAUCCUCGCGCCACCGAGAUUCUGACGGUCUUGAAAGGCAAGCUCAAUGUUGGGUUUGUGACGUCGAACCCCGAGAACAAGCUCAUCUCGAAGGUCCUUAAGAAGGGUGAUGUGUUUGUUUUCCCUGUUGGAUUGGUUCACUAUCAGCAAAACCUGGGUUCGGGAACUGCCAUUUCUCUAUCUUACUUGAGCAGCCAAAACCCUGGAGUCAACACCAUUGCCAAUGUUGUUUUUGGGUCCAAUCCUGUUAUUUCCGAGGAUGUUUUGGCCAAGUCUUUCCGAGUGGAACAAUCCGUAAUUAGGGAUCUUCAAGCAAAAUUUUAGAUGUUUUUCCAUGUGGAAUUAAAUUGGCUUAUGAUAUUUCAUAUCAUUCCUCAGUUUAUACUUGUUAUUUGUAGAAGUGUAUACUAAAGUCUCCAUGAAAUC